AUGGUAUUAUUUAAUCAUAUAAAUCAAAUUCAACAACAACAAUAUUUACAAGACCAACAACAACAAAAAGAAGACCAAGAUAGAUCAAUGGAUUUUGAAUCAAAUUCAGAAUCAUCAUUUCCAGAUGAUGGAUCUUCGUCAUCAUCUCCUUCAUCUUCGUCAUCGAUGGAUGAUGAAUCAUCACAUUCAUCAGAUACACAAUCAUCAUAUGAUGAUAUACCAUUGCCAAAUGGAGCAGAAAUUCCAUCAUCAACCAUUAUUCAAGAUCACACCAAUUCCAACUCGGAUGGAAUUAAUAAUUAUCUAGAUGAUAUGGAUAUUGAAAAGAUGAGAUCUAAAACAUUAAAUACCGUUCCAUCUUCUUUAUUUUCACCACCAUUGUUUGGACAAUCUGCAUCCCUCUCCUCUAUAAGUUACAACUAUCAUAAUUAUCAACAACAACAACUUCAAAAUACACUUAAUCGAGAAAACAACAACAAAGAUAAUAAUAAUAAUGGUAGUGGUAAUUGUAAACAUAUACCAUUUAAAGAUUUUAAUAUACAUCAUCAACAAGAUUCAAUUAAUUCAUUACCACCACUAUCAUCCAAAGGUGGUGGAAAACAUCCACAUCUAUCAUCGGUACUUGUCAUUAAUGUAUUGAUUUGUUUACUAUCAAUGUUUGAAGUUGGGUAUGUGACAUCUGUCAUUUCUCCAACCAUUCCACUCAUCUCUACAAUCUAUCAAUUUAAUCCAAUUCAAUUUUCAACAUCAGUCUCUAUUAUUUUAAUUGGUGGUGUAUUUGGAUCAUUGGCUAGUAGUUUGGUAGUUGAUCGAUACGGUAGAAGAGAUUCAACACUAUUUAUGAAUUUAAUAUUUAUAGUUGGAGCUAUACUUUGCGCAACUACACAUGGAUAUGCUCAAUUAAUGAUUGGUCGUUUGAUAUCUGGUUUGUCGUGUGGUGCAGUCUUGGCCAUUGUUCCAUCCUAUAUUUGUGAAAUUGCACCACCCACUAUUCGAGGGUUUUUGGGCUCGAUGAAAUACUUUAUCAUCAUUAUUGGUAUGACCGUUGCAUUGUUGGUUGGAUAUGGAUUGGUUGAAUCCGAGAGUGGAUGGAGACUUGCAUUUGCCCUAGCUGUCAUCCCACCAGUCAUUCAACUACUCUGCAUGUAUUGGUUUGUCGAAUCACCUCGUCAUCUUGUUCAUCGCGGUCAAGUUGGUCGUGCCUCUGACAUCCUCCUCUCCCUCUAUCCCUAUCUCACACGUCCAGCUGUUGAAAUUGAAGUUGAAAAAAUUAAAGAUAGUAUGAAUGAACAAUUAGAUCUAAGUCAUUGGAAAUCAAUAUUUAACAAGCAAGUAAACAUAUAUACAUUAAAAUAUAAAAAGAUAUUUGCAAUUGGAUUUGGAAUAUCAAUGUUACAAUCAUUGAGUGGUAUUAAUUUGUUGGUGUAUUAUAUUACAACUAUAUUACAGGAUAUUGGGUUUAGUUAUAGACAGUCUAUUUUGGUGUCUGCAUUGGUUGGUCUACCCCAAUUGUUGGCUAUUCUAUUGUCGGCUGUCUUGAUCGAUAGAUAUGGUCGCAAGAAUGUCCUAUUAGUUAGUUUGUAUGGCAUGACGAUUGGCAUGGCUAUUAUAGGGUACGCUUUCAUCGGUGUGAAUGACGAACCAGAGAUACACGACGAUCAAGUAGAACGACUCAUCCCAAUCUCCAAGGAAUGGUUGGCGGUUGGCGCCAUUGUAUUUACCAAGAUUGCAUUUUCUCUUGGUCUCGGUCCCAUCCCAACCAUCAUAACAAGUGAGAUGUUUCCAAGUUGUGUUAGAGGUACUGCUAUGGCUAUAUCAGGGUCACUGCUUUGGAUCACUAAUUUCCUCGUGUCUAUAGUUGGUGUCUCUCUAACCGGUCUCUUACUCCUUUCACUCUUUUUACCAUUCGACACUCAAAAACAAACACUCGAAGAUCUCUAUCGUCGUCUCAUCCUCAGAUCCACCAAUCUAACAUCUCAAUCGCCUUGUUCUUCAACUCCACAUAUUCCAAAUCCACCAAAUCAUCAUCACCACCAUCAUCAUCAUCAUGAACCAUGUCCAAAAUUAGCAAUCUAA